AUGUUCAUCAUCAAGAUUCACUAUUUGGAGAUGCAACUCCAGCACAAAGAAACCAAAGCAAUUGGUCGACUGAGCGGAGAGAUUUUGGGAAGAGGAUUCGAGGGAAUUCUUCAAUCAGGUGACUCGCCGCUAAUUUCAGAAGAGAGACGCUCAUUUCAGAGGCCAACGCAUGCAAUGGAUGGAAACGAUGUCAUUGGGAUUCUCGAUCAAAUCACCGCUUAUUUACCAACUGAGGAGGCGACCACUUCAGCUUUACUCGAAGAUUCCCUCAUCGAACUUUCGGAUCCAAUCGUCGAUUUUAUCACAAAAGCUCCCUAUCAGAGUGAACGAGCCGAUGAAUGGACUCAACGCGUUCUGGCUUCGAUCGAGUCAAUUUCAAAGGAAAAUUUACGAGCCUAUUUUCUGGAGUACUUGGAUGAUGAAACGGCAGCUCAUGCUGGUGUCGUAAGAGUUCAACUUCAGGUUAACGCAACCAUCGGAGAAGUUUCGCGACUUUUGAGAACAGCAUUUCCAACUAAAUCGAUCAUCACAAGCUUCAGAAUCUUUUAUCCGUCACCUUGGCUUCAUACAUCUUUGCAACAAAAUCCGGAGAAC